AUGGCGAACCUGAGUGUGCUCUGCCUCUUGGUGUCACUGCUUCACCUGGCUCCUCUCCAGGCCUGCAGAGUAGGGACAAAGGAGGAAUGUGACGGAGCCCCUUUUGUCCCCAGUCACAGUCUCGUUGGUGAGGGUUUUAACGUGGUGACGCUUCAGCACAAAGGUGCUUACGUUAUUGACAUGCAGACCUACCUUACCCCUACCAACACCUGUACCUUGUGUACCAACCCUCUCAUGGGGAACCAACUGCAGAAACUGCCCCUGUCUGUGCUGGACUGGCGAGCCUUUAGUACUUGCAGCUCCACCUCGUCCAUUGAGAAUGACUGGAAGGUGGGCAUGGGCUUGCCUGAAGUUGCUAAUGUGCAGCUAGAGGGUAGUCAGUCAGCCGAGUCCAAGUUUGCCUCCCACAGACAAAGAGUGGACAAGACUUCGUUCACCUCCCAUCAGCUUACCUGCUCUCAUUACCGCUACCGUGUCCCUAGUGCACCUCCCCUGAGUCCAGAGUUUCAGCAACAUGUCGACUCCCUCCCCCACGAAUACUCCAUAGACACCGCCUACCUGUACCGGCGCUUUAUCAAUACCUACGGCACUCACUACAUCCAGCAGGUGCAUCUUGGUGGGAGGUUUAAAAGGGUAAUGUCGGUCCGCACUUUCUUGUCCACCUUAAACAAGAUAUCUGCUACCCAGGUGGAGAACUGCCUGAGGGUAGGUAUCUCAGUGGGUCUUGGUCAGUUAGAAGCCUCUGCAUCCAGUGACAGCUGUAGAAAAGUGCUAAAUAACCAGGACAGUGUGACAGGGUACAAUCUGGGCUUUCUGAACCACAUCACAAUGGUGUCGGGUGGAGAUGGGUGGCCAGGGGUGUUUUCCAUGACCCGAAAUGACUCAGUCGGGUUCCACAGGUGGCUAGGCAGCAUCAAGAAGAACCCCGAGAUUGUGUCCUAUUCUCUCCUCCCCAUCCACGAGCUGGUGAGCAGAGGUCACCUCCAGCGGGAGGUCAGGAAGUACAUCUUAGACAAUGGCAUGGCAAAAAAGCCCAAACCCCCAGCAUGUGGCUGGAAUCGGCCCAACCUCUCCCCAGAUUGCUGCCCACUGCACACACGCAGGGGCCGGCUCACGGUGUCGGUGCUCAGGGCCUGGGGUCUGAAGGGGGAUCUCCUUCAGACCCCACUUAUCUCCUUCUCAGGCCCGUCUAGAAGACACUCCUGUCUCCUCUUCUAA